CACAGUCUUUCUCCAAGACAUGCAACACCAAUAUGUCGAGGACAACAUUCUCCUCUGUGGAUCAGCAGGAACAGGUAGGACUAGUAGGGUCUCAGCUUUAGCGUUCAGUGUUUCUGUCGGGAUGGCUUGGCCUGAAGGAAAGGAAGGGCUGCUAUCUCAAUCACAUCCAGGGCAAAAGAGCUGAGGAGAAUAGGAGUUUAGCAGGUUACUCAGUGAGCUGAAGGUCUUAAUUUGGACUUGAGGGUCCUCCUUCUCCUCCAUUUACUUCAACACCCCUAAAUGCAGGCCUUUAGGACCUUCAAGGCUGAUAAAUUGCUUUAUACAGAGAGCCAUAUGGAGACCCAGAAACUAAACACCUGAGAACAGCAGGGUUUUUCUUCAGUGGGAACUUGCCAGAACUCAGUUCUGGCACCUCUCAGGUAAGUUCCAGAACUUCUCAGGUGGGUGCCAUUGCCAUUCUAAGAGAAAGAGGGAUAUGUUCAUGGCGAGUUCUAGCACCUCUUUCUCUAGAAAAAUAGCAGUGGAGAACAGGACCUAGAUGUUCUUACCCCACAGAGUCCCCACUCCUUGUUUACUUAUUGGAGAAGUUCGUUUAUUUGUUUGUUCAUUGCAUUUUAUCCUCCCUCCAAAGAAACUUAGACAGUGUGCACAAUUUCUGCUCCUAAAUUCCCUGCUUCCAACCACUGAAGAAUUUGGAAUUCCAGAUUGUUAUUUUCAUUGCCUCAUUCUUUCUCUGCAAUGGAACGUUGGGUUUCGAGUUCUCUCUGCGCUUAAGUGGCUGGGUACACUUCUGGCUUUUUAAAGAUGUCAGGCAAUAAUCGGCAACGUUGCAUACAUGAGUGAAUUAAUAAUGAUGCAUAUUAUGUAUUUCUGAUGUUUUUAAUCUGCCCAGGACUGUUAGGUAAAGGAUUAUGGAGAAAUCUCAAAAUAAAUUAAUGUAGCAAGAGACCUAGGGUCCUGGAGGGUAGUGUUGGCAGAGCCAGCCAAAGAUUUCCCUGUGGCAAAAGUUGCUGGUGCUCCCCAUUCCCCGUACAGAAGCCAAUUGGACUGGUAACUGAAUGUUAUAUCAACAGACAGUGAUGGGACAGCAUCCUCCAAAACACCUGAGAGGGGAGAGGAGGAGAACACACAAACACAGAGAGCUCUAUCCUCCAGCACCUUGCUGCUGUUCCCUGCCAAAUGGUAGGGCCAAGCCCAAGCGAUCGGGUUUGUUGCUUGGUGGCGGCGAUGGCGGCUUGCUUUAUUAUUUGAUUUAGGAAAGGAAGGCAAAAAUAAAAAUUCUACCCCGAUCUGGAAAGGUUUUGCCCCCUAUCAGGCACUUCAAAUUAUCCGAAACCUUUUUUGCCCAGUAUUACGGUUUCUCCCCAACCACCUAAAAAACUCUGUGCCUAAAAGGGAAAUGGCUAUUGACAUGAUUGUUCAUCUAACUGUACUUCCCUUGUUUGGGCAGCCCGUCAGCUUCUUGAACUGCACUAGCUGGAAUAUGGCCCUGUGCUACUUACUUUCAGAUAGGAAGCCAAAUCUAAUUGGUUGCAGUGAGGAAGAGGAGAAGCUUCUAGUUUGAUGGUUAGGAUAAUGUUCUCAUCCCUGCCUACCUUACUGGAAUUUUAUUGCCAUGUUUAAUCACUGUUGCCUCUAGGUAAAUGGGUUGGUUGUGUUAACAGUCCAUUGUGGCCCAUAAGAGGACUGUAUCAUUGUUGUGGUUAUUUAGUUAGCACUAGAUAUGUGCUAGACACUUGGAAGGACACAGAACAGACAGGGGAGGUGCACAUGGGAAUAAUUCCAGCUCUAGAUGUAAGUUGGAGUAAAGCCAUCAGGCUUUACUCCAGAAUUCAGCUGACAUCCACACUGUAAAUGUUAAAUAAAUGUGUAGGUUAGAUAACAAUUUAUUAAGUUAGAUAACAAUUUAUUAAGGUGCCUGUGUGUGUGUGUGUGUGUGUGUGUGUGUGUGUGUUCAUUCACCCACUUCUUCAAGUGUGGAAAAGUUCCAAUGGCAAUACUUCUGGGUUUAGUUUCCUUUGGAUAAGGCAGCUCAGGAUAUUUGGGAUGCAUUUAUAAUGUUUGUUGACAAAUGUGCAAGCAGAGCAUAAGUGGAGGCAAAGCAUGCAUUUCAAACAUAUACCCUGUAUAUGGGUAGCAGCUUGGUCAAUCCUGCAGUUUCAGUUCACUCCAACCAGAGCACACACAUGCUUUGAGAAAAUGUCAACUGUUGUUUUUCUGCCUUCUGGCCAUCAGAUGGAGGAGUGUCACCUUCUCCAGACUCAAGGUGGUGUCUCAUUCAAACACGUGCAGAGAUUCCUAGCCUACUAGGAAAAGAUCUCCUAACCAUUAGUUCCUUUUCAUGAAAUAGCAAGCUUCUAUUCUGAAUUAUUAACCAGCAAUCCUUUGUGAGCAGGCUGGGAAGAAGAGAAAAGUCUGGCAGAAGGUUUUACACCAUAAAUAGAUUUUCCUUCUGGAAUCAAUGAACCAAUGUGGCUGAUUUUAAUAAACUAUUACAGUAGUACCUUAGGUUAAGUACUUAAUUCGUUCCCGAGGUCUGUACUUAACCUGAAACUGUUCUUAACCUGAAGCACCACUUUAGCUAAUGGGGCCUCCCACUGCUGCCGUGCCGCCGGAGCACGAUUUCUGUUCUCAUCUUGAAGCAAAGUUCUUAACCUGAAGCACUAUUUCUGGGUUAGUGGAGUCUGUAACCUGAAGCGUAUGUAACCUGAGGUACCACUGUAUUUGAACCUCAUAUGCAUCUUUGGCAUGCAGGUUCAUGCUUUGCUUGUGACACACUGUAAUCAGGACUCUCUGUGCUGCACACACAAAAGAGCUCAAAUUUUGUGCCCUGUGUAAAUGAUGCAAAAUACAAAUAAUAAUAAUAAUAAUAAUAAUAAUGCACAUAUAAUGUUUGCAAAGUACAUUGUGUUUGCCAUGGGGAGGAGCAAGCCAGUACGUGACACUGAAGAACUUUCCUCUCCUUUACCAUUGCAUGCAGUGGUACCUCAGGUUACAUACGCUUCAGGUUACAUAUGCUUCACGUUACAGACUCCACUAACCCAGAAAUAUUACCUCGGGUUAAGAACUUUACCUCAGGAUAAGAACAGAAACCGUGCAGCAGCGGCGUGGCGGCAGCAGGAGGCCCCAUUAGCUAAAGUGGUGCUUCAGGUUAAGAACAGUUUCAGGUUAAGAACAGACCUCCAGAACGAAUUAAGAUCUUAACCCGAGGUACCACUGUAUUUUAAUCCAGCUGCUCUUCCGGCACCUGAGAUUUCAGUAGGCAUUGCUCACACUAUUUCAAGCCUGUGGUUUUUUUGCUUCCAUAAGGUCUAGAAGCAUUUUAAGAAAAAGGGAGAAAGAGAGGGCAUGGGGAGGGAGAAAUUACGCACCCAGGACUAAAUUGUUGCUACAUUUAGGUAAGAGAGUAUAAUAGACACAUUUCAGGCAACAGUAUGGAUAAUUUACUGUAAUCUGUAGCAUCUGUAGUAUGUAUGUAUGUAUGUAUGACUUGAAUUUAUAUACUGCCCUAUAGCCAGAGGUCUCAGGGUGGUUCAUAGAACAAAAUCAGAAUAUAAAACCACAAAAUAUAUAAUCAAAAUAAAAACAGCAACCCAAGAACACCUCCCUCCAAAAAAAUAAAAAUAAAACACCACACAUUUUAAAAGGCCAUAGGAUGUCAAUCAAAUCAACCAAAGGCCUGGUUAAAAAGGAACGUUUUUGCCUGGUGCCUAAAGGUGUAUAAUGAAGACAGGUGUAUAAUGCGUGUAGUAUUAGUUUGGAUAAAAGCAGAGAGGAUUAUGGACUCGAUCUCCAAGAAUCCUUUUGGUCCUGCAGUAUUGUGCAAUGCUGUUUUCUAGGCUGGGAUUCGGCCUCUGCUGUGCCACACACCCAGUUUGGAACAAGAGCUGUGUACCUUAUGGAGCGCUUACCUACUGUGUAUUUAGAGCUUUGAGAAACAAGUUUUUCAUUUGUGUCCUUCGAAAAACUACUAGCCCCUCUCGUCCUUCCAGGUUCCUAUUAUGGCGGAGGCAGGAGCAGAUGACCCCAUCCUGGUUGAUCAACAGCUCCGUGACAUGGACGAGGACCUUUUGUGGGAGAUGGUAGAGGGUCAUCGCUACAGGAUUGUUCGUGGUGUCACCCCGAGCCGGCUUACACCCUACCUGCGCCAGGCCAAGGUGCUUGGUCAACUUGAUGAGGAAGAGGUGCUGCACAGCCCGCAGUUCACAAACAGCGCCAUGAGAGUGGGUGAGCAGCCUUAGUGUGGCAAUGUUGAUGGGACGCCAUAAGGCACAUCUACCUAUAACGGGGAAAGGGGAUAUGUUUCUGUCUUGCUCCUCUCCCUCUAGAAGAAAUGCAGAAGGGGAGGCGGGACAGCCCUGUUGAACUUUGUCUACACCAAGUUUAUCAUUAAUCAUGCUCACCAUAAGCGGAUGAGGAAGGCUAUCAACUUUAGGAGCAGACAUAGCCUGUGUCCAAAGAAUCUCAACAUGGCAGUGUUACCACUGGAGGGAAGGCUAGCUGUUGAUGCAAAUAUUUGGACUACUAGGACAUCAUUUUUGGCUGGGGGAAUAAAUGUGAUACUACAGUGGUACCUCGGGUUACAUACGCUUCAGGUUACAGACUCCGCUAACCCAGAAAUAGUACCUCGGGUUAAGAACUUUGCUUCAAGAUGAGAACAGAAAUCGUGCUCCAGUGGUGCGGUGGCAGCAGGAGGCCCCAUUAGCUAAAGUGGAGCUUCAGGUUAAGAACAGUUUCAGGUUAAGAAUGGACCUCUGGAAUGAAUUAAGUACUUAACCCGAGGUACCACUGUAAAUGGGAAGGAGUUCCUCUGUGUCAGUCAAAGGAGGAUGGGUGUUUCACAAAGGGGCAACCUGGUGCCCUCAAUAUGUUUUGGACAACAAUGCUUAUCAACCCCAGUCAGCACGAGGGCACCAGACUGGAGAAGGCUGCCAAAGACAGAUAGGCAAAUUGUCCCAUGAAGACCAUAAAAGGUAAAGGUACCCCUGCCCAUACGGGCCAGUCGUGACCGACUCUAGGGUUGUGCGCUCAUCUCACUCAAGAGGCCGGGAGCCGGCGCCAUCCGAAGACACUUCCGGGUCACGUGGCCAGCGUGAUGAAGCUGCACUGAUGAGCCAGCGCAGCACACGGAAACGCCGUUUACCUUCCCGCUAGUAAGCGGUCCCUAUUUAUCUACUUGCACUUAGGGGUGCUUUCGAACUGCUAGGUGGGCAGGAGCUGGGACCGAAUGACGGGAGCUCACCCCGCCGUGGGGAUUCGAACCGCUGACCUUAUGAUCAGCAAGUCCUAGGCACUGAGGUUUUACCCACAGCGCCACCCGCGUCCCUUUACAAAGACCAUAGGUAGGGUAAAAUAAUUCCUGCACAGACCAAGGCUGAAGGAAGGAAGCCAAAGCUGGGCCCGUCAAGACAACUGAUUGCAGCCUAUAUUGCAAGACUUAAAGACUGCUCUGUUGGCUUCUCUGUACCGCAAGUGCUAUAGAAGGCCAUUUAGCUGGCUAACAAAAUUACUUGCAGAGAUAUGGCACAUCACAUCACCUGCCAUGUUCCACUGACCCAGCAGGCAGGUUGGGUCUUAGGGAGCCCCAUGGGAGAGGAACUCAAUCGCUUUAUUCUGUUGCUCUUUCUUAUUCCCUUGCAGGUCACAUGCUGGAUCUCUUGAAAUUCCGUGGGAAAAAUGGAGCCCUUGCCUUUCUGGAAAGCCUGAAACUCCACAACCCAGAUAUUUAUGUGCUCAUCACUGGCUUGGAACCUUCCAUAGACCACAAUCAUUUCAGUGGUGAGUUUUCUCAAACCCUGUACCCCACCUAUUCAUGGUUCACUUUCUUGAGAGGAGACAGUUGUGUUGAAAACAAUCUUCAGCCCCUGAAGUGAGGCUGACCCAAGAUGUUUUGGCACCUAAGGCAGAUAAUCAAAAUGGUGUCUCUUACACACACACACACACACACACACACACACACCUUUUCCCCUUGCCAACUUCCUCACAGGUAGCAGAAAUACAAUAAACACCAGACUGCUGCCAAAAUCUGUCUGCCUGAGGUGGAUGCCUUGCUCUGUCUGCUUCAUGGUAGGCCUGGACCAGUCAAAGGCCUAACUGUUAUUUCCCUUACCCUAGACUUGAUUGAGAGUUCCCAACUGACAGAAUGCUUGGCCAAGGCAGUGAGCAGCCUGCAGGAAGAACUGAGCCAGGAGAAGCGGCAGAAGGUGUCUUUGCUCCAUCACUGCCGCAAGCUGAAGGAGAAGACCGCCCGACUGGAAGCACAAGCUGAAAGCCUGAGCGGCAUUGAGGCCGAAUGUAACCGCAUGAAGAGGGAGCUCAGUGCCCACUUCCAUGAAGCCCUCAAGCUUAAAGAUGAACUUUAUGGCCUGUCUUUACGUUACAGCAGUGCCCUGCAGGAGAAGGACCUGGCCAUCACCCGCUGUCAGAGCCUGCAGGAAGAGGUGUGGUAGGGUGUUGUGCUCAGCUGAUGUUGUCACAUCAUUUUAGGAGUGAAAGGCUGCUAUCAGGAAUAAUGGAUGUGCAUUAUGUGUUUCGAAGAAAUUCCCAGAGUCUUUCGCUAGUCCUCUAAAUGAAGUUUCAAUGAAUGCUUGGCCACAGCUCCAAAGUGCUUCCUGUCAGUAAUCUGUAGCUAUUUUUGUACAUGCCCACUUUUACUGCUAGGUGUUUCGGAAUGCAGGAAUUGUUAGCUUGCCUGGAGGAAUGCCUAGCUUGGCACCUUGCCUCCACUGGAGGCAACGAUUUAUGCUGCAGCUUCAGAGGAAAAGCAUAGCUUUUCCUCCAAUCCACACCUCCUCCAAUACAAUUACCAGUAGAUGAUGACCCAUUUUGAUUGACUGGAAGUGACCUAACAUAAAAUUCCAUGGAAAUGAUGCAAUCUGAUUCCAGACCAAGAUUGUUUGGUAUCUGCUUGUCAAAAGAGACUAGGGUUUCUUACAAGAUGACUCCUGAAAUGCCUGGUUUAUUGGACCUAUCAGCUGAAGAGUGUGGUAUUGUAGAUUGGAUUGUGUGCUAGGAGAGCCUAUCACCAAUUUCUUUGUAGUUGUCCAGAUUUUUCUCUUUCCUCCUGUGCUAUGAUUAACCUAAGUAUGUAUUUAGCUCGGCUUCUUGCAGAACGUGCAUAGGUUUGGAGUGUAGAAGACACCCCUCAGUAAGUGUUUACUAAGGGUUCUGUGGUAGUGAUAGUGUAACCCCACCCCUUAGUAGGAGUGGUCCUGUUUGGAGUUUCUACCAGCCAGUCAGUCAUGCUCUCUUCUAGAAUACUAUAAGCCAGAUGUGAGGAACCAUUGGCUCUCCAUAUGUUGCUGAACUACAACUUCCAUAACACCUGGCCAUUGACCAUGAUUGCUUGAGCUGAUGGGAGCUGUAGAUCAGCAGCAUCUGGGGAGCCAAAGGUCCCUACCACACCUUGUAUAAGGUGUAAAGUGCUCAAGCAGGCCAUUCCCCCCUCCCAGUUUUCCAUCUUUCUUUCCCAGCUGCUCCUCAACAUUCUGUGGGCACUAAGCAUGCUCAGUCUUUCCUUGGCUGUUGGGGAUGGGUAUGUGUGUCCCAUUAAUUUUAUUUGUUUUUGUUUUAAAUUUGGAGUUUCCUUGAACGUGCUGGUGCCACCAUCUGGUUUCUCAGUGGGCCUGUUUUGGCUCCAGUUCUGUUGUCCCUCCCCAGCUGAGUCCACUGCUAGAGGGACUGGCAGUCUAGCUGCAUUCUUAAAACCAGACCCUCAGGUCCUGUGUUUCAGAGUGAGCAUCCAAACCUGGCCAGUGUUUCAUGCUGCCACCACUCGUCUUGCUCGCUCACUACUGCUUCUUCUUCUUCUUCUUUGUGUUCCCAUCAAUGGUAGCUGUACCUGAUGAAGCAGGAAUUGCAGCGAGCCCGGGUGUCAUCCUAUUGUGAAUGGGAGAGGUCCCCAAGGCCAGCUGGGGACACACAGCCACAGGCCGAUGAACUUCAGACACUGAGAGAGGAGAACGAGCGUCUCAAGUCAAUGGUGGAGCUGGGGACCUUCAGUGUGGUAAAAGACUAUUUCCAGGAAUACUUUCAUACUGGUUUUGCCUGUGCUGUGGAUUCUUUUCACAGUCCUUUCCCUUCCCUCGGAGAAUCCAGCAAACUGUAGUUCUGUGACGAGAGCUGGGGAUUUCUUAACAGAAUUCUUAGUUUCACAAAACAACCAUUUCUAUGAUACUUCAGCAGCAUAUUGGUCAUCUGGUGUAAGAACCAAUGUAGGCUUGCAAUGUAGAUGUGCCCUUAAUGUGUUUGCCCUAAAUACAAGCUUCUUACAAACUUAUAUAGGCAACUGCACAGUUGCUUCCUCACAUUUCAGCAAAAUUGUUUGUCUUGCACAAAUCCCCUCCAACUACAUAACAUUCCUUUACUGGCUGCAGGAGGCUUAGCUUUUGAGGAGGCAGAUUGUCACAGAUCCAACCGCCACAUAUGGGUUUCCACACCCAUCCUCCCCAACCUGGGCAAGGGUGUGGUAGAAGGAUAAGAGAAGCAGAAAUGUGCCUCUGAUGAGCCUCUCUCAUUUGUCCAGGUGCAGAAGGAUAUCCUGGAGCAGAACCUCGAUGAUGCUCUGGACGGAAAGCAGGAGCUGCUGAAUCGCAUCCACUCGCUGAGGGAGCAGGCGGUGCUUGCUGAGAAUCAGCGGAAGCAGGUGAGGGGGGGCCGCACAACCCAUGCUUGCCUUUAGGCAAGGUGGGAGGCAGAGGAAUCAAGCCUCUUUCCAACUCAUGUCAGGAGGACAAUUCAAAUAGCAUAGCUAGCUGCAUGCCCAUACUUCAGUCUGUAGCAUGAGGUUACAGAAUCCAGCCCAUAUUGUUUGUUUACAUUUGUAUUCCAUGCUUCCUCCCCUAGGGGAGCUCAGGGCAUCUAAGGACACAAAGCAAUACCAAAAAUAAAUAAACCAUAGAACAUUUAAAAUGUCAAACAGCAUCUGAUUAAAACUGUGGGAGCCAAUACCUUUAGGACAGAGUCUCACAACAAAGGCUGCUUCAAAUAUAUUUUGAUGUUGCACCUGAAUGCUGUCAAGCUGGGUUACAUUACCAGCAUAAUGUAGGUGUCAAGAGAACCUAGGAUAGCUCAGUUGGUACAGCAUGAGACUCUUAAUUUCAGGGUUGUGGGUUUGAGCCCUAUAUUGGUCACAAAGAUUCCGGCCAUUGCAGGGGUUUGGAUUAGAUGACCCUCAUGGUCCUUUCCAACUCUACAAUUCCGUUCCGUGCAUUAAGGCAGUGGCAGAGAGUGUCAUGCAUUUACUGGGUGUUAAUAUCUUGCUAACAUUUUUUGUCACCAUUCAGUGCUGGGAAGAAAAGGAGCACACUCUGAUCCAGUGCCAGAGGAUGAAGGUGGACUGUGAGAUCUACAAGGACAAAAUCAGUGCCCUCCAGGCACAAGUGGCUGAUCUGCAGAAAGAGAGAGAUCAGGUAACCUAGAGGUCUGACCGCAGCAAAGAGAGGAGUUGUUUUCAGGGCAGGGGGCAGGGAGGUUACCAAAGUAAGGGAAGUGGUGGCUUGUCCGAUUAGAAGGGAUCUUUACCAUUCUAGAAUGUUGCAACAGUAAAGUAAAUGUCCAGUCAAAUGUUCCAAGCCAUAUAAUGGACAUUACCUGUUACUAGCUGCAAGGUUUUAAUGGGCAGCUAGAAUCCAGCCCAGUAGUUAAAAAGAUAGCAGCAAUUGUAACAAGGCUUGUUGUCUAAACAGAGAAUUGGCUGCAUUAUUAAUUCUGUUUGCAGAAUCUCUUCCCCCGGACCUCCCAACAUAGCUGUGUUACUCAAGGCAGAGGUCCUGCAUGCAAUGCACCCUGCAUUAGCAGAAAGUGGCCAGACAAGUAGGUUCUGCCUUACUUUUAUAUUUUGCAGUCCCAAGACAACUCAGGCAGCACCUUGGCUUUUCUGUUGGUACUGUGGAGUACUCCUUGCACUUCCUGUGGUAUGUUCUGCCCCUAUUUAGGUUUGAUUCUCAAGGCUCCAGAGCAAAUGGCUCACUGGAACCUUUUAAGCUAUUGUGAGAAUAGUUUUGAUCUCCUGCACUUGUCCCUAUAACUGUUGCUGCCGAUAGCUUGUUUCCGUCUGUCUCCUAAACCCCUUGCCGAUGAUGUGUUUCUGUCCCCCCCCCCCCAGGCCUACAGUGCAAGGGACACUGCUCAGGUGGAAAUUUCUCAGAGCCUCCUGGAGAAAGAUUCGCUCCGCCGCAAAGUCUUUGAGCUCACUGAUGAGAUCUGUGAACUCAGGAAGCAGACAGGCCUAAGUGGCUCAGUGCUCGCGGUGAGUUUUGGGAUGAGGGUAACCGAGGGCACCCUCCCAUUACACCUCUCCCACUUCCUCGCCUAUCCCUUCCCAGCUCGCCCAAACCUCCCCUCCCAGCACCCACUCCCCCACCCCUCCCAGCUCACCCUCACCUCCAACCCCUUUGAAAGUAGGAUGGGAGGCAUUUCAGACAGUGGCUUACCAAACUGCUCUCUGGAGCACCUCCCAUCCUGCUUUUAAAUAGCUCACUAGGGCCACUUGCCACCUCCACUGCUUGCUUGCCUACUGUCACACUGGAGUUACUGUAGCCACCUACUGACAGCCAUGCAAACUGCAGCAUGACAACAGAACAAUUUUAUUAUAUGGGGGGAAUACACAUUAAAAUUACUUGUUAGCAGGCAACAUACGCAUAUUCCCCAGCACACAGCAUGGAAAUGACUGGGGUAGGAGAAAAAUGGCAGCUCCUUAUCAUCUAUAUGGCGUUGUUCCCGCCAGUAUUUUCUGCCCUGCAGGCAGUUCUUUGCUGCGUGUUUUAUGAGCCAUUUCUCUCUCUCUGUUUCCUCUAAGCAGGUGCAGUGGGAUGGGCCUGCCAGCUCUCUGACCAAGGAACCUUGUCCAAAGAGGAAGCAGCGUCUUGUGCGCAUGAACGCCGUCUGCCCCCGGGGUGACAGCCAGGACAGCUUCUUGAGCAUGUCUGAGGUGUAUAGCUCACCCCUCCCCAAACCCACCAUACUUUUUCCAACUGCAAGGCGGGGGGGGGGGUUAGGGGGAGGCGCCACAGGAUACUAUCCUCAGGGUGUGGGGUCUCACUUGUCUUGCAGGCCCCCACUCUUUAGGGCACAGAACACCUGGGGGAAAGACCUGAAUGGGGAAAUUGGAGUUCCCCUGUGUCUGAGUGGCCUGACCUACUUCUUUUCUUUCGCAGUCUUGGUCAGAUUUAAGCAACAGGUCAAAUCAAGAGCUGCUUGGGAGCAUCCGCUCAUGCUGCCCAAUCCCACCAUGUAAGCAUUCCCUACAGAGGAGAGCCAUGCAAGAAAGUUCUUUUUCCAGAAGGUGAGUACAGACCAUGCUCUGCUGUAUACUGCUGGUUCCCAGCUAGGCCUAUGUGGGCAUGUGUGCUUAUUAAAAGAGAGAGAGAGAGAGAAUCACGAUUUUGAUAGACAGGUGCAUUUUGCAAAGCCGGCAAAUAAAUACCAAUUUACAGAAAUAUUUUGGUUUUCUAAUUUAUUGCAGAUGCUUUUUUCCCAGUCAUCCAGAUUUUAGCAGAAUUUUGAAAGGGGGUUAAGAGCAAUUAGGUAGGAUAUGGAGAUGUGACGAUUACCUCCCACCACCACUGGAAGUCUUUAUAAGUCUUGAUCUUAUACUUUUCAAAUGUUUUCUUCACAGCCAUGAAGGGUAGAAACUUGCACCCUUAAGUCUUCAUAUACCACCAGAUUCUGUGCAGCAGUUACCACGGCCACUUCUUGACAGCCGUGCAAAGUGCAGCAGGACAAUUUUAUUAUGUAGUGUUGGGCGGCGGGAGGGGGAACAAGUUAAAAUGAUGUGCUAACAUGCUCCACUGGACAUGUGUGAAUCUGUUCUAGGCUCAACUAAACAAUAUAUAAGGAGGAAAUAUUUUAAGAUUGUUCAUCCUGUUUAUCAUACACCCACACCCACCAUCCUGAAUAUAACCUUGCAACCGCCAUGACCCCCUGGAUUGAUCUAACUUUCCAGUUCACACUCUGUUAUUUUCAUCUUAUUUAUGUCUCCUCUUGCAGCAGUUCCCUGGAGUUUCUGGAGGACGAUUUCCCUUCAGCUUCUGAAGAGAAAGUAGAAGACCCCCCUUUUGAGUAUGAGAUGGUGGGAAAAGAUGGUAAGGAAUCAAACCCAGGUUGGUGUGUCCCUGGCUAAGGGGAGGAGACGACUCUUCCCAUUGAGUUAUUGUAUUUAUAAUUAUGGUACCUCAUUAGCUCUGGGUAUAUUGUAGCAGCUUCACUACCCUUCUCCAAAGGGUCCACAAUCUAAGUGGGCCCUUCAGUUGGGACAGGGCAAACCAAUCAUAUCAAUAAUAGUAGGAUACUUGUUAUCAAAGUGUUAAUUUUAAGUACAAUACUGUGACUCCAAAGUCAGAUCUGUACUAAAGAGAAAAAGCAGGGACAUACAAUUCCAGAAUGUGCUUCCUUGGUGAAUUCUGGUUACCUGUUUUUUGGGGUGGAGAACUUCAGACCUGCAGGGCCAAAUGUGGCCCUUUAGGGAUCUCUUAUCGAGCCCAUGAGACUUUCCCAGGCCACACCCCUCAUCUAGCAGGCACCCCAUAUCCAGCAAAGCAAAGGAGACACAAUGAGUAAACUCUGAAGGUUACCAGCCAAGCAUUUUGUGCAGCAAUAAUAGAUCCUGCCUCUUGUUGCAGAACUUACCUGUCCCAUUCUGAUUGGUUGGUGUGCAGCUUUGCUAACUUAACAUGGGUGCCUGGUUAGAGACAAACAAAGUGGUCACUUAGCUCUCACCUAUUCAAACAUUUCUUUUUCAUUCCAGAUGGCAACUCUUUGUGGCUUCACCUGGACCCCUGCAUCUCAGAGAGGUAAAUGUCAAGUUCUCAACCACAGAAAGUUUGGGUCGUAAGUAUCCACAGACUCAAGGCCUAAGUCAGUGAGGAUUUUCUCAACAAUUGAGGCACCCACGUCCUGGGCAAAAGACAAAAGGGCUGUGCUGACAUCAAGGAAAAAAUGAGUUUGUUACCCAAGGAAUCUAUCUGAAGGCAACUUGCAGGGGUGAGGAAAGAGGAGAACGCAGGGCAAGAAGCUAGGUGGUGACAAGAAGGAGCAACAGAAAUAAGAAACAGGUGUCAAGUUUAAGCAAGAAUAGAACAUCUGAGUAGCAAGUAGCAGGCCAGCUAACAUUUUUGUAUAGGCAAAUAGCUGUAGGAUUCCCAGGAAGUAAUUGAUACCAGUCAUAGGAGCUAACUCCUAGGGGCCAAGGGGUCUCCCCGCCCCCCAUAAAAUAUUUGAGGCCUCCUCCAAGUUGAUGGACAUUGCUAUUUAAUAGUGUGUGGGCAGUGCGUCAUGUGAUCGAUUAUGUGGGGCAGGGCUUACCUGCCUCCCCCCCCCCAUAUAUUUUGUUCAAGAUGGCACCCCUGGUACGGGUCAUCUAGGGUUAGUUGCCUACCAUGAUGUAUAUGUGUGUGUCUGCAUGCACAUAUAUUUUUUCUCAGAGGGAAGGUUUUAAGACCUGAUAUUUCCGACAGUGGCCCAUAUUGCAUGUAAUGCUAUGAAGCUUAGUUGAACCUGUGAUGGGAUGAGCCAAGGGGAAGGAAAGGGGACAUAUGCACAUCCCAGAGGAGACAGAAGCCCCCAUGCCCACUCUGUCCUCACGGCUCCAUUCUCCUCUUCCCCAGUGUGCCUAUGCGCCGGCGGCUUGCACAGCGUUUCCCAAGCCGCAUCACAACCAUUGCCUUCCAAGCCAACACUUUGAUGGAACAGAUCAGCAUCAUUGGGGGGAACCAAACGGGCAUCUUCAUUCACCAAGUCACACCUGGCUCUGCUGCUGAUGAGAUGUCUUUGUCGCCAGGCCAUCAGAUUGUGCUGGUAAGAUGUGCACAUCUCCUCACUCCUCUAAGACUCCGUUGCUUAUGCCUAAGGAGCCUUUCUUUCUCUUUCCCAUGGAGAUAACCUGUUUCCUUUGGACGCUUUACUCCUCCUCCUAGCUGCAUCCCUGCAUCCAUGUAGAGCCCAGGGAAUGGCCACCUGACCUCCUGUGUUGUGGCUUCACCGGGCUGCAACUGAUUGCCAUCAUAUGUUUGUCUGUCUCUGGAAACCCUCCUUCAAAGCACUCUCCUUGAUUUUAUUUUUGCGCUAUUCUUCUUCAAAUUUGUAGGUGGAUUAUGGAGUCAUGGAACCAGGUUUCAAGGCUGUCCUGGAGGAUGCAACACUUGAGGAGGCUCUUUGGGUCCUGGAAAGGGUCAAUGGCUUCUGCUGCCUGUCCGUGCGGCUCAAUAUGGAGGGUAAGGGUUGCCUGAUGGGAAAGGGGAAGUUGCUAUUAGCAAUCAGUGAUAUGGAUAUUGCUUGAGGUCACACCAUCAAGUAAGGUGAACAGUGGAUACCACUAAGGGUGGCAUACUAGGAGAUAGGCAGACCUGCUUCAUGGGUAGAAUCCAUUGGGAAGUUCCCCUGCACAAACCCAGUUGAAACGAUUGUAAGCUGUGCAAGAGCAUUUCAAGGAGGAAUGUGUUAGAUAGACAACUUUCUGGCGGAUUGCACCCCAUGUUAAAUAGUGUGAAUGAGGAGGUGCUCUUUUAGAUUUUCCACCUUGGGCAUCAGAAUGUUUUGGGACAACCCUGGGCAUCUCCCUAGCCAUGGGUAGAGUCAGGAAGCCAUCGUCAUUGUCCCCAUGCCCCUUGGGCUUCUCAACUCUUAUCCUGUACUCCUGCUAUUCCUGCACAGCAUUUCCAUUACUCUCUAACCCAUUAGGCUACAAGAAGCUGCUGAGUGAUCUGAACUCCAAGCUGGUGACAUCUGGGGACUCCUUCUACAUUCGGUCCAACCUCUGCCUUGAGAGGCAGGCACCUGGGGAACUUCUAGUAGGGUGCCAUGACAUCCUGCACAUCACUGACACAGUGUGCCAGGGCCAAACACAGUGGAGUGCCUGCCAGGUGAACCCCUACACCAUGAAAGACAUGGAUGCUGGCACUAUCCCCAACUACUGCCGGUGAGCUUCAUCAUCUGAGGAGGCCUGAAAGGCCUCCUUAGCGCAUCUGAGAUGGUCCUCUUCACAUGGCCAAGGAGGAGGGAACACAUCUACUCCUUUCUACCUAAUGCAUUCCUCUGUCCCCUUCUUUCCACCCUAGGGCACAGCAGCAACUCAUCACCCUGAUCCAGGAAAUGGCCCAGAAGAGCACCGUCACUCACAAGGUAAUUGGGAGCAGCCUAUGAAAUAAUUUUAGGAAAGAAUCUUAAUAUAUUUUCCAUAUGGUUGCAGGCACAGCUCACUGGAAUUGUCUUGUGCAGUAGCUUGUGCGCAAUUCUGUGCAGCCAUUCUUACUGGUGCAUCUCUGUAAACACCGGUGUCCUCUUCCUCCAUCCCUUGCUUUGGAGUAAUGACGUCUCGUCACUGAAGUUAAAUCUGCAAGCAUUUGUUCAGAUUGUGAAUGGCAGUCACCGGUGACGAAACAUGCAGCUCCACCAGCAAACAUGGUCCAGUGCCAUUUCCCUUGUAAGCCGGGGAAGUUGGCAGAGAGAAGGAAGCAUAUAACCCUAACAGCACUGAUAUGUGGAAGACAUACUGGGUGACAGUCAUUUGGAAUGAAGGCUUGACAUUCCUUCCUGCCUUGCAGAAUUCUGGGUUGCAGCCCAAACUGGUGCGCAUCGUGAGCACAGACAACAAGAAGAUCAAUCCGCUCUGGUCAUCGAUGGACUGCAGCCUGUCGGACUCCAGCAAGCCACAUAGUGAGUUCCGGCUAGUUUCUGUUUCUAAAAAAAAGAUAAUUACCCUUUGUCCUUUAGCAAUGUGUCGUUCCAGAAGACAAUUGUCUUGAGGUUGGUCUUCUGCAGAACAGUGGCUCAUUUCUCUUCAGUGGGGAUCUCUGGGUGUGGCCUUGAAUGAGUGGACUCCUCCAGCCUUGGCUCUUCUUCCUCUUCAUCUAGCGAGCCGCCGAGUCAGUCUUCACACCAGAAGCUGUGUCAGCUUGAUGCCGUACACUUUGGUCAGGCCCUGCAGGCCUGGCUGCCCGCGCCCAGUCCUCCUGGUGCCAACACUGUUGGGAAGGAUCCUAGCUGACAAGUUGUGCCUGUCCAAGGCCUUUGAGAAAUGUCCAGCAGGUACGUCCUUGGGAUGGGGCCGACUCCAUUGUUACAUAAAAUAGCUGGCUCCCUUUGCUGGAACUGUGCAGGGGAAUGGUUGGAUAAGCCAUGGGCCAAGGGAGCAGAGACCCGAGGGACUUUUGCUUGGCUUCACUCAACAGAGGGGGCAAGUAAUGAAGAAGAGGAGUUUGGAUUUGAUAUCCUGCUUUAUCACUACCCUAAGGAGUCUCAAAGCGGCAAACAAUCUCCUUUCCCUCCCUCCCUCACAACAAACACUCUGUGAGGUGAGUGAGGCUGAGAGACUUCAGAGAAAAGUGUGACUCGCCCAAGGUCGCCCAGCAGCUGCUUGUGGAGGAGCGGGGAAGCGAACCCGGUUCACCAGAUUACGAGUCCAGGGCUCUUAACCACUACACCACAAGUGUCUUCCACUGAAGCAAUGGAAUUGAGGGUAGUAGAGGUUGUCUUCUGACAUCCAUCUCCAGUUCUUGUCACAAGUACUGCCUCACCCCAAGACACACGCCUUGACAUCUUGGCAAAUGUGCCUUGUGGUACAUUUGCUCAUUUUCUACUCUGCCCCACCCCCUGCACCCAGCAGUGUCACCAAUAAUUCCUGAGAGGCGAGCUCCAGUUUGGAAGCUUCUUCAGAACGGCACCAAGCCGUGUUGUCUUCUUGACCUGUUUCUCCCCUCUGCAGAGCCCCAAGGCGAAACACAGAGUAGAGAUGCGCUCCCUGAAAAAAGCGAGAUGAGUAGCAACUGUUGUGUUCCCCAUCAGGCUCUGGAAUGGCUGAUGCAAAAGGUAACAGGGGUGCAGGGGGUCUGGGAAUGUGGCCCAGGGGUGCAGAUGCAAGUAUCUCUUAGGAGAGACUAGGAUUUGUCAACCCCCACCCCCCAGUUCUUAAGAAACAUGCAUGCACAGACUUGGAACUUAAUUGUACCCUGAACCUGCUCCCCUCUAGAAUGUGCAUGGCUGGCUGGACCUGGGCCUGGAAAGUGUGCAGGAACUCCUGGCUAUGGAAAUCUACCCCAUCAUCAUCUUGGUCACCAUCAGUGAAAAGAAUGGAAAGAAAUUCAGGUAAGAGCCGCUGCUCUGCACUGAAAGGUCAUUGUCUGCUUAGCAAAACCCAACGGGCCAAGGCCUCCUUAGCGUAAUCCUAAAGCCACGACAACCUUCUUCCUUUCAAGCCUGGAUUUGAAUUGCAUAAAGUUAAUGAUGCAGCCUUUACAGUGGUACCUCACGUUACGGACGGGAUCCGUUCCGGAGGCCCGCCCGUAACGUGAAACACCCGAAACCUGAAGCGCUGUAUCUGCGCAGAUGCGAUUUGGCGCUUCUGCGCAUGCGUGAGUGGCGAAACCCGGAAGUAACCCAUUCCGGUACUUCUGGGUUGCCACGGGACGCAAGACAAAAACACGCAACCCGAAGCGGACGCAACAUGAGGUAUGACUAUAAUGUAUUUGGAGUGGCAUUUAUGGGUGCGGCAGAAAGUCACACCUAUCACGUUGUGGAUUGGCUGUGAAAAGUGGUUCUUUUGAAUUGUGUUUUUUAAAAGAAGCAAGCUGCCCAGAGGGGUUGUUGUGCUAUAGGACAGUCUAGAAAUCAUUUAAGUAAAUAAUAAUUACAUAACUGAACCCCCUGCAAAAGUAUUGGAUGACAACUAUGCCAAUCACCAAAACGGGCAGGGGAGAUAAUUUCUUCUGCCACUUAUUCACGCCUCCCACCUGUCCCACUUCAGUCUUUGCCAUCCUUCCUACUGUUGCCACCAUUCUUCAUCCCUUUUGCACUUAGCCUGGGGAAAAUGUGCUCCUUCUCCUCCAGUGCCCCUUACAGCCUCCUUUCCUAGUCUAUAUUACACGAAAUGGGACCGAGACUGCAAGCCUCACCCCGCUUACCUGAGAGCAAACUCUCUUGAAGCUAGUGGGGAUUACUUCUGAGCAGACAUGGUUUGGAGGAUAACAUCCCAUGAGAGUAAGGCUCCCAGGUCUUACGUUGCUGACCUCUAGCACAACAAACGAUCUGCGUUUCAGGAAAGCCCUCCAGCGCCUUGGAGCAACUGAGGAGCAACUUUUGGAGACUGCCCGGAAAGAGGAGGCCCAGCUGGAGACGGUGCCCUGCCUCUAUGGCACCAUCGCCCCUGAUGCCUGGAGUGACCACGACACUCUUGUCAGCUGUGUCCGCGUGGCCAUUGCUGAGGAGCAGAAGAAAGUGGUCUGGGUGGAACAAAUGCCUCACUGAACCUUUUGGAAAUGGGCAAGCGUGUGGCAGUCCUUUGUCUCAGGGCCUUGGAAGGACUUGACAGUGGUGCAAUAUAUUCUGAACUAAGCUCAAGUGGGACUCGGGGCAUGUUUGUUCAAACUUUCUGAACACUCUUCUAUACGCACACACACACACACACACACACACAAAACACACACACUUCCAAGCUUAAUUGACCUUUUGCCUCCCAACCCUGACUGCACACCCGGCUAUGCAGAGUCUUAUGUUGACUAGGAAAGACGAUGCUUCUGUUCCACUGAAAAUCAAAACAUUGUUCAGCUGAGUUAAAAAAAAAUUCAGACAUGUUUCAUUCUGUGGCUUGUCCCCAAUGGGCUUGUUCCCAUUAUUCUCUACAUUUUGCUUAAAAUGUUGGAAAAAAGGUGCUUUAGGGCCAAUUUGAAAGCGAGAGAGACACCUUGAUUUCAAUGGGGCAAGUAGGCAAAGGAUUUGACUCUUCAGAUCUCAAUAAAUAUGCCACUCACUAUACACUAUUAACACAUGUACAAAUGAAGAACGGUGGGAUGUUGUAUGAUUUGCUAUGCUCAUGCCCUACAUUUCCCUCCCCCAGAAUAUACGGGACCCUUGUGGCCUCUCUUUUAGUGUACUGGGUAUCCCAGAUCUCUCUGGCCUUCUGUCAGCACCUGCUUCUCAAGCAUCUUGCAACAUUAAUACACUGCAGGUGUUUAAUCCAGAGACUGUAGAUACAAUACUUGUAAACAAUUGCAUAUUCAUUCAAGCUGUCUCUUACCUGGUUUACCUUCCACUUUCUGUUUUUAAUUACUUCAACAGGUAAAGCAAAUAUCCUGAUUUUAUUUCAUUUUGUAAAACAGCACAGUGCUAGGUAGCUCUGCUGCUUGCAUUAAAUUAAAAUCCUUGUUGGACACUCUUAUAUAUGUUUAUUGCCUGCCACUGCUAUGGUGACCCCAACCCAAAUCUCUGUGGGAUUUUCCAGAUUCUCAACUU